GCUAACGUAAUCUCGGAUUAGGGUUGGGAAGUUAGGGUUAAGAGGGGCAGUGAGGAGGGGAUCUCCAGCUAAUCUUAUCGGGCCCGUUUGAUAAGUCAGUCCUCUCUUUGUUUUUUUUAUAUUAUUUAUCUAUUUAUUUUUAUUCUGCUGCGUGAAUCCCAUUCUCUAAGUCCAAAUGAAUUACCUCUCCGGUUGGGAGUUCUACCUUCUGCUCUUUGUGAUUUACUGUUUUUCUUUUCUCUGAACUACCUAUGUCCGACAUUGACACGCGUGCGCAGAAAGCGGAAACAGAGAGAAGGGAGAGAGAAGGUGUUCUUUUUGAGAGCGUGAGGAAGGGUAAGAGGAGUGUUCGUCCAAAAGUGAGCAAAGUGCGAACCCUCCUUGAGAGAUCUAUUGACGCCCUAUCCUCCAGCAUGGCAGACAUCACAUCCGAGCAAUGGAAGGCCAUGCUGCACGCAGCGGCCGAGAACGAGAAACCUUUCUUUCAAAAACUUUAUGAGGACGCAAUGCAUAGAGAGAGGGAGGCAGAGGCAGCAGCUAAAGCCACAAGUAUUGCUACACAAGUGGCCCUCGUCGAGGUUCCUAAAUCUAGUGAUGACCAGUUCCAAGAGAAGCGAGCAGCUAUCGUAGUAGCCUUGGGUCAACUGCGGACCUUAGAAGAUCUCGAGUCCCAUGUGACAUCUCUAGAGCAGCGAAACCAAGAGCUGCAGGCUGAGAUAGUCAGCCUCAAACAGUCCCAAUUGUCUGCCCCCAGCCCUCCUAAUCCUCGUCCUACUGCAGUCCCAGUCUCUCACCCUAACACAAUCCUCAUGCAGAGAGCAAGCGGAACUGUGAUGAGCGCAGGAACCGGUGCCAGCUCCUCAAGCGGUAGCGCCGGCAGUUCUGCACUGGUCCCAUUCCCAAAUGCGGGAACAUCAGCCCAAAACGCCGCAGUUCUUACUGGGGUACAAUACAACGGUCCCGUAGUGGACAAGAGGGAGUCCACUCUGCCGUCCAAGUACGUCGGGAAGGGGGACAUCACCUCUUGGAUUAGCUCCAUGCUCUCAUACUUCGAGGUACUACGAACACCGCAGGAAGACCGAAGCAUGAUCAUGGGCACAAAUACAGAGCCCGCCGUACGGAGUUUCAUAGAACUCCAAGCUGUUACUGCAGGUUAUGAGAGAAUUGAUCUGACAGAGUGGCUGAAAGUGACUCUUGUACGUACUCUUGAGGACCUCCUCAUCGAGCAGCAUCAAGAUAAGCACGCUGUGCUCAAGGCAAGGCUGAAGCUUGAGGCCCUCAAGGACCAAAAGUGGAGGACUUCCAUGCAGGCUUUGGAGCAGCACUUGACUAGUCUAUUCACCACUCCAAACCUGGGAUGGACUGACGUGUCUUGCAUGGAUGUAAUUAUGGGAGUGGCCCCUAAAGGUUAUGUCUCCCAGCUAGGACUCAAGGACCAUACGACAAGUGUCCUUUCGACGCGGUCAUUGGCUUGGGCUGGUAAAAGGCUCAUUGUCUACGGACCACGUGGGCAGGAUACUCAGUUCGUGGGACAUCGCUCUUGAGAGGGGGGUAGUGUAAUGAGCCGCCAAAACACAAAUUGAGAACACUGCUCUUGAUUUCUGUGAUUUGCCGCUAGAAUGAAUGCCUUGCUGAGAU